AUGUAAUAUGGCCUGAAAUGUGUCUUUGGGAAACACAACCUAUGACACGAAGUUUCUUCCUCCAGCUCAGCAGGCGGCAGUGAUGAGUGCGGGAGGUUUUAUAGGAACAGAUGGCGGCGGCGCACCACAGGAAGGGGAACUCGUUUGUGUACAGUUUAUAAUGCACUUUACUGUAGUUUCCGAGGAAUAUGCGGUCGUGACAGGUGUCAAAUCUGUUUAGUAUGCGAGGAGUGAAUUGUGCUGAGCUACUUUUGUGUUGUGAAGAGAUGCUGCCAAAACAAACAGUCGAGGUGGGAGGCAACUGUCUUUUAGAAACAGAAAAAUAUCAACAAAUCGGUGUUCUUCUUCAUAGAGUAACUUUAAAGCAGAAAGUCAUAUUUGAUUAGCUUUCGCAUUAAGUAUUUUUGUCAAAUAACGAACCCGGAAGGACGGUUGUGUCAAUCACGAAUGCACUUUCAAAUGGAUGUCUUGGGAAUCAAGGACCUCUCGUUCUUUCUCUUCCUACAGUUUUCAGAUUGGAUCUGCAGAUUGAAUUGAGCAAUGUCCUUUAUGAUAUCAAGAGAACUCCCAAACAGGAGCAUACUAUAGGAUCAUAUCAAAAUGUCAUGAAUGUGACACAGAUUGUGUGCAUGGUACAAUUGUUUAUUUUACGGUAUUAAAAUGCCACGACUGGAGGAGGUAGCUAAUGUUGUCCUCAGGGUGCCCAGUAUCUUGUUGCUGGACAUGCUCUAUAAAUGUAAUAUUGAUAGCUUCACGGAUCAUCUCAAGGCAAGGACAGAGGACAUGCUCUUCAAGUACAAGUAUGUGAUCUGGAACAUAUAUUACUUGGGUCACAUAGUAAGCAUUGUGGUACUACUGCUGCCGCUUGGUCAUAUUAUCCAGCUCUACCUGCAUGUCCUCUGUGCCCUUUUACUGUACAUGGGUCAUCAGAUUGUCAGAGAUUAUGUUAGAGAAGAAUCUCAAUAUGGUUAUGAUGGUCUGCUCUUCUUGGACUCUCCAGCGCUGAAUCGUUUCGUGACUGCGCUCACCAGUCAGAUUAUAGUCAGUACCCUAUGUGCGUUCCUUAUGCGCACUCAACGUGUAUGGAUGUUUUCGGCACAUUUGCUCCCUCUUCUGGCGCGUGCGUUUUCUGUUCCUCUGGACUGGCUCUUUACUGUCUCCUCCAUUUCCAUGAUAAUCACUGGGGCCGAAGUUGCCAUUUUCUUUUUUGCCAACCUCUUUGUGCCAUAUAGACUGGCCAGAACAGCUUAUAGAGAGAUAAUGGAAAUAGAGGUGACUGAGUUGUACCGACUGAUGGCAGUCGGAAUGUCUCUCUGGCAUGGCUUUGCCGUGCCGGUUUUGUUCAGUGUUUUCUGGUUUGUACUGUUUGGAGUCCAACUAAUUGGCAACGUUGGCACCAUCACUGCUGUCCAACAGGGACCCCUGAUAUACAUCCUUACCAGUGUAUCUGAAUGCUGUGCUAGCCCGUACUCCCUGCUUGGUUUAACAUUUGUGGUAUCUUACACGGCAUUGGGACUUUUAAAUCUUUGCAAGUUCUACCUUGGAGGAUUUAGCGCUCUGCAGAAUCACAAUGUCAUGCAUAGAGGUGUGACAGAGGGGGUGACUUUGCUGCUGUUGGCCCUGCAGACUGGGUUAUUAGACAUGGCCGCCCUGCAACGUUGUUUCCUGCUCCUCAUCAUUCUCUUCAUCGUCCUUACGUCUACGUUACAAAGCAUGAGCGAGAUCACAGAGCCUGUCUUGUUGGGUCUGGGAGCCAGCAGAAACAAGAGUGUGUGGAAGCAUUUGCGGGGAUUAUCCAUGUGUGUGUUUCUGCUCAUUUUUCCGGUAUUCAUGGCUUUUAAAAUUUCCCAGUUUUUUCACAUGGAUUUCUGGUUGUUGAUUCUGGUCUCCAGCUGUAUUCUCACAUCACUGCAGGUGACAGGCACUCUGCUGAUCUACUGCCUGUUCAUGGUGGAGGUGUGGCGCGGCUCUGCCCUGCCUGCCUUAGAUGAGAUUGUAUAUUAUGUGAAUGGAGUGUGUCGGGUGCUGGAGUUUGUCGUGGCUGUGUGCGUAGUGGCUUACGGAGCGUGGGAGUCUCUGUGGGGCGAAUGGAGCUGGUUGGGAGCAUCGGUAAUCAUCAUUCACUCUUACUGCAACGUGUGGCUACGUGCCCAGGCCGGCUGGAAGAGCUUCCUGCUUCGACAGGAAGCAGCUCGCAAAAUCAACUUGUUACCACGGGCCAGUGCAGAGCAGCUACAGGAACACAAUGAUGUCUGUGCCAUCUGCUUCCAGGAUAUGACAUCAGCGGUGGUAACAUACUGUGGUCAUAUCUACCAUGGCACCUGUUUAAGAAAGUGGCUCUAUGUGCAAGAAACAUGCCCCAUGUGCCACGCCUCCAUCAAACCCUCCAUGGCCAAUCAGAUGGCAGCUGCAGGCGAUGCCCAGCCACAACAUGAUCAGCAGCAGCCAACAGAGCCACAGCCUCAUCCAUCAGAGCAACCGCCUCGCCCCGAGCACUCUCAUCAGGAAGAGGCGCAGGGCUCACAGGGGGAUGGUGUUCACGUUACACACAGAACCUGUGAUGAGUUCAAAACUAACUUGACAAACUCUCAGAGCAAUUUUAGCAAGGGUGGUCCUCAAAACUUACAUUUUGGUGCAAAUGGAGAUUCCCAAGGUGUUGGAGAGCAGAGGCCUUCACAGGAGAAACGUAAGGAUGUUGUGGAUGAGACCCAGGAGCUCAGGGACGCAGACUGAGAUGAUACGCUCAGUCAGAGUGAACAUAGAGCAGAGAGACUGUCAUGGGAGUAAAACACAUCUAUUCCAACAGACAAUAAUCUUUUUUUUUUUUUUGAGGGAGAGAAAAUGGAGCAAAGCUCACAGAAAGUGGGACACGCUCAGAGGAAGCAAUAACAGCACAGGGUUGCAAAUAACUUGACAGACGUACAGAACUUGAUUGUAGGUACAUAAUUUGCAUAGGACUGUGGCAUCAAGGUGAUUGUGUGCCCCAUGGAUCUACUUUGUUAGAUAUAUUACUCUCAAAAUUCAUUCAGGCAAUAAACUUGUUUUCAUAGGUUUUUGAUUGUUUGUGUGGGGGUGUUGUCUAAUGAACAUUUUUGUUUUGAGUUUCUUUCUUUUUUCUUUUUUUUUGAUAAUCGAGUCAAUUUGUUGGGUCAGUAAACUGAUGCCGAAUUGUUGCUGAUCGCAUCUUUUCUGUAUCGCUCCAUUACAUUCUUACGUUUGCGCAUAAAUUACAGGAUUGUUA